UUUCUGUAUAAACUUAUACAAAUGAAAAUAGCCUUUUAUUUUGUGGAUUACCUUUGCCUAUUUUUACUUCAGCGGUUUGUGAUUACGCUUAGUUUGUAAGUUGCCAGCGAUGAUGCUCCAUAAAAACGUGCUCCAGCCUCGGGUCAGCGAUUGUGGGGGCCCCUGCCCUACUGGGGUCAGGGGUCACGACACUGGGACUAACACUGUCCAACCACGUGGCCUGAUGGGGGGAAAAAGGGAUCCCUGAAAAGACUAGUUUUAAAAAGAAGACGAGCACAUGGGUCACCAGAACAGCUCCUGCCUUCUGCUUUGAUUUUUGGUUUAAAACAUCCGCGAAUAAAACGAUGGAAGUUCCCACACAAAACAAAUUAGUUGGGAACCUUCCUUCUCCGUCGGCAGCUAACCUGGCCACGUUGCAGUCCUACAGGCCCAUUCUGAGCGACUAUGGACCUCCAUCUCUGGGAUUCUCACAGGGCUCUACUGGCAGUCAAGUACCUCAGAACAAAUACGCAGAGCUGCUGGCCAUCAUCGAAGAGCUUGGAAAAGAAAUCAGACCCACAUAUGCUGGAAGCAAGAGUGCAAUGGAGAGACUGAAAAGAGGCAUAAUUCACGCCAGAGGGCUGGUGCGUGAAUGCUUGGCUGAAACGGAGAGAAAUGCAAGAUCCUAGCUGCAAAGGCACAUUCCUCCCUGCAAGAAGAACUACAUUUCAUAAAAAAAUUCAAAACAAAACUUGCAUGGCAUCGACUUUGCAAGGAGGAUAUAAAUGAACCAGGAUGGAAAAGCAAGUUUUUAGAGGAGAAACAAAAUGAUGCCUAAGGAGGAUCAUUCCAACCAUGUGAAUGGGUUAAUGGGAAUCCGCUGAGAAGGCACGUUGUGUUUUAUGCCCCACUUUGGGAUAUUGGUUUGACUUAAUAUCUAAAUCAUUGGUUUUUGCAUGCGAGCGGACCUGUGGGUUAAUUGUAGACACUGCAUGGCUUGUACAGAAGUAGAUGGAAAAGACUUCUUUUGUUCUUUUGUUGCUGGUAUUCGGUCUGAUUUUCAGAUCCUCUGACACACGAUUGAGUUGAGUGAUGUGCCAAAUGCAUCAGCUCAUCUGUGAUGAAGUUGGUUUUGGUAUUAACAAAGAAAAGGAACAUGCUGUAACUUGCAUCUUUGUAUGUAUUUAUUACUCAGUGUAAUAAAUUGUAUUUUCAGUACAGUG